AUGCCAGAAAAGAAGCGUACAAUAUCAACAUAUCAGCCCAGCGUGGGAAAACGACAAAGACGAUCCCCAGUGUCAUCAGAGACUGCAAACGAGGAAGCGAGCUCCGAUGAAGUUGAGCAGAUAUCUCCCGAAAGUAUCACAAUAGCUAUAUUCUGUGCCCUGGUAUAUGAGGCUGUCGCAGUCAGGUACACUUUGGAUGAAGAGUAUUCCUGUCGCCCCAAAGGAAUAGGACCCAAAAAAUAUGUUUACUCUUUUGGAAGGAUUGCUGAGCACAAGGUGGUUAUAGCCCGGCCUCAUCAAAUGGGAACAAUCGAAGCCGCCCAUUGUGCAACAGCAGUUAGCCAACAGUUCCCAAAUGUCCGACUCGCAUUGAUGGUUGGAAUCGGCGCCGGUAUUCCAAACCUCCCCAAGCAUGACAUCCGCCUGGGUGAUCUCGCUAUCAGCAUCCCUCAAGACGGACAUCCUGGUGUUAUUCAAUAUGACUUUGUAAAGUACGAGCAAGGUGGUGUUGCUCAGAAAGGAUACCUUAAUAAGCCUCCACCGAUUUUAAUAAGUGCGGAUGGGUCAUUACAGGAAGAUGAAUUGAUGGAGAAACAUCCACUGAAAAAGAUUCUACGGAAGAUUACCAAAAUCCCGAAGUUUGCUCGGCCUUGUACAGAUGAUAUCCUGUUCGAUAUAAAUUUCCACCAUAUCAACGAGGGGUCCGAUUGCAGUGAGUGUGUGGCUUCCAGUGAAAGAAGGAUCUUAUUGCGCUCUCCACGCUCGGAUCACCAGCCUAUUAUUCACCGGGGCCUUAUCCUGUCGGGAAAUGGUGUUGUCAAGAACCCCCAGGGCCGAGAUGAGUUACGACGAGGUUAUAGCAACGCAGUUUGUUUUGAGAUGGAGGCUGCCGGCAUUAUGGAUGAAAUUUCCUGUCUGGUAGUGCGAGGCAUUUGCGACUACGCUGACACUCAUAAGCAAGAUAGCUGGCAUUAUUACGCGGCUGCUGUUGCGGCCGCCUAUUGCAGGGCUCUUUUGUGCAAGGUUGAUAGCCAAGAGGUAGAAGAGACAAGGAGCAUGAGGGAAGUAAUCAAGGAUACGAAGGGCUUGAUUGCAGAGAGCGUCGUCGAUAAUAUAGACCAGAAUAUUAUCUUUAAAAAGCUCCAUCCAAUUAAGGAGGCCUCUUUUGACUCUUAUAUGGAAGACGAUGAAGGCCAAUGUCUUUCUGGAACCCGAACUGAGAUUCUAGCACAAGUGUCACAGUGGGGGCUUUCGCUCUCAAGCCCAUAUAUAUUCUGGUUAAAUGGUAUGGCUGGAACUGGAAAGUCGACAAUAUCACGAACACUGGGUGCAUUAUUCAAGGGGAAAAAAAUCCUUGGAGCAAGCUUUUUCUUUAAGAGAGGCGAAGGUAACCGGGGAAGUGCAAAACGACUUUUUGCAACAAUUGCAUGGCAACUACUGGCCAAGUUCCCAGAACUCGCGGCCAGUAUCAAGACAGCGCUCAAUAAUGACCCUGAUAUUUCCGUAAAGUCACUUAAAGAACAGUUCGAUAAGCUUGUGCUCAAUCCGCUACGUGAUUUAGAAGAGAAAGGCCAACGCGAUGAAUGCAUAGUACUAAUUAUUGAUGCACUGGACGAGUGUGAAUCUCCAAAAGAUAUAGGCUCUAUUAUACAGCUUCUACCUCGAUUGAAACAGCUCGAAGCAAUACAAAUACGGAUAUUUUUGACCAGCCGCCCAGAACUACCGACCGUUCUAGGAUUUAGGGAAGUUGAAGAAACAGACCGUCAAGAUCUUAUUCUUCAUGAAAUACCCGAGCCAAUAAUUGCACAUGAUAUAGCCCUGUUUCUGACUCACAGGCUUUUGGAGAUCAGGAAAAAGCACUUACUUCCAAACAGCUGGCCUAGAGAUCAAGAUAUCCAGAAGCUUGCAAAAACCGCAGUUCCCCUAUUCAUUCUCGCCGCCACCGUGUGCCGUUUUAUUGAGGAUAUGAAAUGGUCACCUCAAGAGCGUCUGAGCGAAUUUCUUAGAGAUCCGGCAACAAAAUCUGCUUCGUUGAUGGACAGAACAUACUUACCAAUAUUAACCCAGCUUCUUACUGGUCAAAACGAUAACGAGUCACAACAGCUCAAACAGGAAUUCCAUGGAAUACUAGGUGUUAUUAUUGUGCUUGCCAGUCCCCUUUCAGUCAACGCGCUUGCAAACCUCAUUGGGAAACCUAUAUAUCUAAUACAAAGGCGAGUGGAGGUAUUCCGGUCGGUGCUUAAUGUUCCAAGUGAUUUAGAUAUGCCAGUCAGACUUCUGCAUUUAUCAUUUCGAGAUUUCUUAAUUAGCACAGAUGGUGACUUCCAUAUUGACGAGAAGGAUACACACGCGAAAAUAGCGUUGCAUUGUCUCCGGGUUAUGGAAAAUCGGCUUAUACACAACAUCUGUGGCCUAGCAAGCUACGGUACAGAACGCAAGGAUAUCGACCCUCCGGUUAUUAAGCAGCACCUGACAGCUGAAUUGCAGUACUCCUCCCGCUACUGGGUGUAUCAUCUUGAACAGAGUGAAGGUCAUAUCUCUGAGUUUGAAGUUCUCUCUUUUCUAAAAAGGCAUUUUCUUCACUGGUUAGAGGCAUUAACUUUAAUUGAAAGCAUAUCUGAUGCGGUGGAGAUGAUAGAUACACUGAAGUCAAGCACAUGGAGUCAUUCAGGUUCAGUCUUUUCAGUAGCCUUCUCGCCCGAUGGGCGCACUCUGGCGUCAGGCUUGGAUGACAAGACUAUCAAGCUCUGGGAUACCACGACUGGCACAGAGCGCCAGACACUCAAGGGUCAUUUGCUCUUGGUCAAUUCAGUGGCCUUCUCGUGCGAUGGGCUCACUCUGGCGUCAGGCUCCUACAAUACUAUCAAGCUCUGGGAUACCACGACUGGCACAGAGCGCCAGACGCUCAAGGGUCAUUCACAUUCGGUCAAUUCAGUGGCCUUCUCGCCCGAUGGGCACACUCUGGCGUCACGCUCCUACGACGGUACUAUCAAGCUCUGGGAUACCAUGACUGGCACAGAGCGCCAGACGCUCAAGGGUCAUUCACGUUCGGUCGUGUCAUAUCUGGACGAACCCGCUUCUAAUCCCCUAGUAUCUUUGUCGAAUACUUGGAUCGCUUUAGGAGGCGAGAACCUAUUGUGGCUCCCUGCUGAGUAUCGUUCAUUCUCUUGUCAUGCAGUCAAAGACGCUACAAUUGCUCUCGGGUAUCUGCGUGGUCAGGUUAUUAUAAUAGGAUUCUAUACACAGUAG